UUAAAAGUAUUAGUACUAUUACUAGCUUCCGAUAAGUUACCCGUCCUUAUAGCCUUCGAUACGGGGCUAGGAAGGCGAGCUAUAAGUAACUCACUUCGUAAUCUAAUUAUAUACUACGCCGAUACUCGCACUUUUCUGAAGUAUUACCUCGAUCGACGGAUAGAUAAGAAUAUUCCUACUAUUAUCCGAGCUAAAUCGGUGACGGUAAAACUACGAUACACGGAGGAGCUACCCGAGCCUUAG